AUGUCCCAGUUCCCCUCCAGCUUCCUGCUGGUGCCCAUCCCCGAGAGCCCCGGCUCCGACGCGCCCCACAACAAGAUCGUCAAGAUCGUCGUCCUCGGAGGCAGCAGCGUGGGCAAGACCGCCCUGGUGGUGCGCUUUCUCACCAAACGGUUUAUCGGGGACUACGAAGCCAACACGGGUGCGCUGUAUUCCCGAAAGUUCACCAUAGAUGGGGAACAGAUCUCCUUACAGGUCCAGGACACCCCCUUUGUUUCCCUAGAGGACAACAGCGACGGCAUCUCCUGCCAGGAGCAGAUCAACCGCUCUAUCUACUGGGCGGACGGCUUCGUCUUCGUCUAUUCCAUCACUGACUACGAGAGCUACCGCGUCAUCCGGCCCCUCCACCAGCACAUCCGCAAGAUCCACCCCAACGCCAACAUGCCCCUGCUGCUGGUGGCCAACAAGGGCGACCUGCUGCGGGCCCGGCAGGUGCCGGCGGGCGAGGGGCUGCGGCUGGCCGGGGAGCUGGGCGGCAGCUACGCCGAGGUCUCGGCCCGGGAGGGCUCCGACGGGGUCCACGCCGCCUUCCAGCAGCUGUGCCAGGAGGUGGGCCGGCUGGCGGGCGGCUGCCCGGGGGAGAAGCGGCGGGGGCUGCACCUGGCCCGCCCCAAGUCGCCCAACAUGCAGGACCUGAAGAGACGCCUGAAGCAGGCCCUGUCCUCCCGGGCCAGGGCCCCCACGGCCCUGUGACCCCGGGCCCCGGCCGCCAUCCGAUUUCUGCCCACGGAUGCACGGAGGCCCUUCUUCCGAGACUCUGGGUGGAGCCCGCCCACCGAUUCCCAUCAGAUUCCUGUCCGGGACUGUGUCGGACCAGUCUCAGGGCAUGCCAGCCGUCCGCUAGGCUCCAGCGGGGUCUGAUGCCAUCCGCGCCUCCCUGGGAAGUCAGCGUCUGGUUCGGGGAACUCAAAGGGAACUGACGGACAACUUGACAGACCCGAGGCUGGGCAGCCAAUCCCAACCCAAACCCGUCGGUGUCCAUGGAGGGCCGUGGAUCCUGAGCUCUGUGCCUGGGACCACUGGGCCCAGGACCUUAAUGAACCCCUCCAUUCGACCGUGGAUGCCUGUGAGCCCCACAGCUGAUGCCCCAUCCCUCCACUGGCUAGGGCGGGGACAAAGCUGAGCACUUGCGGGCAAUGGGGACCGGACGGCAUUUGCAUGGGGCAGGAUAGGAACAGGACUGAGCCCCCAUGAGAGGGAAGGAAUAAGACCGGAUGUGUGGGAACAGGACAGGACAGAGCACAUUUAGGAGCAAGGACAAGACGGAACAUGUGUGGGGGCAAGGAGGGGGACCGGGACAAAACUAAGCCCAUGCCGGAAGAAGGAUAAUACUAAGGGUCUGCAGGGACUGGGACGAGACAGAGCACAUGUGGGGAUGGGAAAAUGUCCGAGCGGAUGCGGAGGUAGCUACCUUCUUGACCGAACACUGGUCACAUGUUCCCACGACACACUUGGUGACCGUGUCCAGAGAGAACCACUUCUCCAGCCCUGGCUUUGAGCCCACCACUGUGGAAGGUCAAACUCCCAGGCCACUCUCUGACAGAGAGGGAGUGAGGCAUGACUUCCUGCUCUGGUAUCCAAGGCGUUGUGGGCCGGGCUGAGAGACUUGUUUCCCUCCCGGACCUUUUCGGCCUUUCCUCUGGGUCGUUUUGUUAAUCUCCAUGCCGUGUGAGCCUGUCUCCCGUUCUUCCUGUAAGAUCCAGAUCCCGAAAGCCAGGGCCCGUGGGCUGCGGGCUUGUUCACUUCUGGGAUGCUUCAAGCCUCUCCUCCAGGCCUCCUCGUUAGCAACUGGGAGUCUGUCCUGGUCAUCCAAACCCACGGAUCUCUUCCCCAUCACCUGAUCUGGCAGCUUUCCGGACUACUCCCGGCCACCGAGGGGCUUGCUGGAAUUUAACUAUCUUUUAACAUCUCCCACAUUCCCGGGCAGUGGAAGCAGCAGGCAGCUCCGAGCUGAAUCCCUGGGGGCUCCAAAGGGAAAUAAACUAUAACCAGGUGGGCCACCCGACCCCUGGUCUCCCGGCUCCCUCUGAGGCAGCCCGUUCCAUGCCAUCAGGUGGGUUAAACCACAGGCUUCUCUAGAGGCUGACUUCCUAGCUGAGCUAGUCAGCGGAGGGAGCCUUCUCAGUUGGAUGAUUUUCAUCUCAACGUGUCUCCGAAGGUGGUCCCCAAAGCCACGGGCCCGCCCUAUCCCGCAACAAAUCCACCCCUCCAGAAAUAAAAUCCAGUCUCUCUGUCCUUC